UGAAGAAUUGCGCUGCGUGUCAUUACAUUUUAAUAUUAAACUUAGAUAACCUCCGAAGAGGAAACAUCCGCCUGCAGAAUGGCGAUGUCAAAAACAACAAACACUUACAAUAGACAAAACUGGGAAGAUUCAGAAUUUCCAAUUCUCUGCCAAACAUGUUUGGGCGACAAUCCUUACGUCCGCAUGAUCAAAGAACGGUACGGUAAAGAAUGCAAGAUCUGUACACGCCCAUUUACGAUUUUUCGAUGGUGUCCGGGCGCACGAAUGCGUUUCAAGAAAACAGAAAUCUGUCAGACAUGUAGCAAGCUAAAAAACGUAUGUCAAACAUGCCUGCUGGACCUCGAGUAUGGAUUACCGACACAAGUGCGUGACGCGGCACUGAAAAUUCAGGAUAAAAUUCCUGAGAGUGAUGUCAACAAAGAGUUUUACAUCCAAAAUAUUGAGUCACAACUAAAGGCGGCAGGCGAUAAUACGGUAGCCGCGGGAGCCGUUGGGAAAUCUUUGGCGGCUAGCGAUAUGUUAGCAAAAUUGGCACGAACGGCGCCUUACUAUAAGCGAAACCUGCCCCACAUUUGUUCAUUCUGGGUGAAGGGAGAAUGUAAGCGUGGAGAAGAGUGUCCCUACCGGCACGACAAACCGGUCGAACCAGAUGAUCCUCUGUCCGAACAAAAUAUUCGCGAUCGGUAUUACGGUAGGAAUGAUCCGGUAGCUGAUAAGCUUAUGAAACGUGCGGCAUCCAUACCGACGCUAGAUCCUCCGGAAGACAAAACCAUCACCACGUUAUAUGUUGGAAAUCUGGGCGAGCACCUAACAGAAGUGGACAUUCGCGAUAAUUUUUAUCAUUAUGGUGAAAUUCGUUCUGUGUCGUUGGUACCGCGGCAGCAGUGUGCUUUCGUGCAAUACACCAAACGGGCGGCAGCGGAACUUGCUGCAGAGAAAACAUUCAACAAACUUGUACUAGGAGGAAAAAAGCUAACAAUCAAGUGGGCGCAUUCGCAAGCCAAAUCAACAGCUUACGCACAGAACUCUGCACCUCGCGGGCCUGGCGGUACCAAUCGUAUUUUCGAUCCCGUACCUGGACUCCCCGGACAGCUGCCAAUGCCUCCAAAUCCUACUGAUUACUUUAAUCUGCAGGCGUCGGAGAUGGCUGUACUGCCGCCAGGAAUGAAAAUACAUCAGUUACCACCGGGUCUUAUUCCAGGAGCGCCAAAUUACGCUUCAAUGUACCAACAACAACAAGCAUCCGGCUCAACUGGUACAGGCGGUUCGAGUGGUACCACUUCUAGUGGUGGUGGGAAUAGCAACUCUGCUAUAAUGCCGCCAUCAUUACAGCAACAGCAAAUGCAUUAUCCCAGUCAAGACCCAGCUCGACUAGGAGCAUUAAAGAAGUAAUUACAUAAGCACAUUGUACAUUUCACCAUUGACAAGUAGUGCGUUUGUAUCCAAAACUAUUCGAUAAACAAUAAAUACCAC